AAGAAGGGUUAAGAGUUAAGACACCCGAUUUUCUCGUUCAUCCAAUAGUUCAUUUAUGCGUGUGCCUCACCAACGAAAGUAGCUAGACCAAGAGAGAACAAAAAAAAAAAAAAGAGAGAGAGAAAAAAAGGAGGAAGAGGAACAACCCCUUCUCCUCUCCCUCCGUCUCGUUCGUUCUACACAAAUCAGGGAACUAUGGCUGCCACUGCGAAACAAAUGUCUUUGAUUGUGUCACUGUUUGGUGUGAUCUCUUUCAUUUUGGGCGUUGUUGCUGAAAACAAGAAGCCUGCAGCUGGAACACCAAUACCUGGUAAGGAUGGUGUCAUCUGCAAGUACCCAGCUGAUCCAACUGUUGCAUUGGGGUAUCUUUCUGUAGCUUUUCUUAUUGCAUCAACCGUGGCUGGGUAUCUGUCUCUGUUUUACCCUUACAAAGGAAAGGCUGUUCCGCAAGGGGUUUUGUUCAAACACACUACUUUCACGGUGUUCUUCAACAUUGCAUUGUUUACUACUGGAUUAGCUGUUGCUAUGCUGUUAUGGCCAACAAUCACUGAACAGCUUCACUUGACACGUAAUGUUCAUAGUGAUGUCAACUAUGAAUGCCCUACAGCUAAAACUGGUCUCCUUGGAGGUGGUGCCUUUUUAUCCCUUGAUUCAUCUCUUCUUUGGUUGAUUGCCCUUAUGUUAGCUGAGAAUGCACGGGAGGAUUUUUUUGAUGAACAAGAUGGUGAUAAUAAGGGUGAAUUUGGUAAAGCUUCCUCUGAUGUUUAUGAUGCUGAUGUAGGAGUAAAGGGAAGUUCCUGAAGUGUGCUACUAAGAGUAGAAAUAAUAUGUUGCAUGGGGACUUCUGUGAUUUCCUUUUAAUGAUGCUGAACACAAUUCAGUGAAACAUGAAUGUAAAUAUUUUAAAUGGUUGUUCUCUAUGGAUAUUUAUUGUGCUUAAGCAGUAUUGCAGUAACAUGUAGCUGUUAAUAAAAAGGGUUCCUU